GCCCAGAGAAUCUUGCCACAAAUCUUUCACAGUUAACUCACCCAACUUAAAAAUAAAUAAAAAUACAAUACUACACCACACUCCUUACAAAUAAAUACCACCCUCUCUCUCACAUGCAUUCACUACCACUUCCACACAACAACAACAACACAAACCUAUGCUUAAAACUUAAAAUUAUCCAUCUUCAACUUCACAAUGGUGCGUGUCAAAGAAGCUCUCGUUGUCACCCCUUCCGAGCCCACACCGAAUACCGUUCUCUCACUCUCAGCUCUUGACUCCCAACUCUUCUUGCGCUUCACCAUCGAGUAUCUUUUUAUUUACAGGCCCGGCCCGGGCCUGGACCCAACUUCCACCGCGGCUCGUUUAAAAGCUGCAUUAGCCAAAGCGCUUGUUCCUUAUUAUCCAUUCGCCGGAAGGGUUCGCUCCAGACCCGAUGGCCCGGGCCUCGAGGUCGUUUGUCGGGCCCAGGGCGCUGUCUUCAUCGAAGCCUCUUCUGAACGUUACACUUCCCAUGAUUUCCAAAAGGCCCCCAAGACAGUGGCACAAUGGAGGAAACUAUUAUCUCUCUACGUCACCGACGUUCUCAAAGGCUCUCCAAUUCUUGUUAUUCAGCUGACGUGGCUUGCCGACGGCGCUGCAGCUGUCGGCGUCGGUAUAAACCACUGCAUCUGCGAUGGCAUCGGCAGUGCCGAGUUUCUCAAUUAUUUCUCGGACUUAGCAUCCCAUAAUAAUAACGUGAGUGUCGAUCCCAAACCUAAACCGGUCUGGGAUCGACAGCUCAUGAAUCCGGACAGCAGAACUCGGGCGAACCCGGCUAUGCACGCCGAGUUUGUCCGGGUUCCGGAUUUGUGCGGGUUCAUGAACCGUGUCACGAGCGGGCUGAGACCAACUUGCAUUGUGUUCGACGAGAGGCGGAUCAACGCGCUGAAGGGCGCGUGCGGAAUGUCGUCGUACACGUCGUUCGAGGUUCUGGCGGCGCACGUGUGGAGGAGUUGGGCGAGGGCGAUGGGGUUUCCUAAAAACCAGACGCUGAAGCUUUUGUUUAGCGUGAACGUGCGGAAGCGCGUGAAGCCGGGACUGCCGGAGGGGUAUUAUGGGAAUGCGUUUGUGUUGGGAUGCGCGCAGACAAGCGCGUGGGAGUUGGGGGAGAGAGGGGUCAGGUACGGGUCGGGUCUGGUGAAGCGUGCGAAGGAGAGGGUGGACAGCGAGCACGUGCGGAGGGUGGUUGAGUUGGUGUCCGAGUCGAGGGCGAGUCCUGACUCGGUGGGGGUGCUGAUUCUGUCGCAGUGGUCGAGGCUGGGGCUUGAGAGGGUUGAACUCGGGAUGGGGAAGCCUCUGCAUGUGGGGCCCAUAUGCUGUGAUAGGUACUGUUUGUUUCUUCCGGUGACCGGUGAACGGGCGAGUGUGAAGGUCAUGGUGGCUGUCCCCACCACCGCCGUUGACAACUUUCACCGUUUCCUCCGGGAAUCGAAUUUAUGACCCAACCACACCCUACUAUUACGUCACGUUGACCUCUGUAAUUAUUCUUCACUAGUUCCUGUGCUUUUUGUUUAACAAAAAUAAAAUAAAAAACAAACAAAUUAUUCCUAAUUUC